AUGGCGCUUCCACACGAUGCGAGCGAGCCCCGGGAGUAUCCGGUCAUGCGGCGCGACGAGGUCGGGGCUCUGAUCGCAGCCGGCCGGAAAAUAGUCAUCUUCGAUGGCCACAUUCUCAAGGUAGACGCGUGGCUCCCGUACCAUCCUGGUGGCGACAAGGCAAUCCUACACAUGGUAGGGAGGGAUGCCACGGCAGAAAUCGAAGCGCUUCACUCCGAGGACGCCAAGCAGCGCAUGGCCCGGUACCGCAUCGGGCGCGUCGAAGGGACUUGGGAGAACUUCCUGGCUCCGAUACAGGGAGGCGUCUUCCGACCCCAACGCUCGAUGGAGGAUGCCGACGCCGAUACCGCCGACGAUGGCCACGGCCAAGCUGUAGACAACGGCAAAGAGCACGAGUCGAGCACCCAGGGCUCCCGAUCGCCGUCCCCAGUCUUCGAUGUGGAUGGCCAAGCACUUCGGCAUCGCGCGACCGGCAGCUCCCGUCGACCUUCUUCCACCUCGUCCCAUUCCACGGUAGAAACCGAAAUGGACGGCAUGUCGUACUUGGAUUCGAUUACGCGAGAACAUAUCAGUCUCGACCUGGACAAGUACCCGGCUCCGGAUCCCGAAACGCAGGCGAGGAUCUUGGCCAGGUACAGAGAGCUGCACCAAAAAGUCGUUGAUGUUGGGCUGUACAAAUGCGACAACAUGGCGUACGCUGUGGAUUGCUGCCGCUACGUCGGAUUCUUCGUGUCCAUGCUCAUCUGCCUGCGAUAUGGCCAGUACGCUCUCGGCGGGUUGUUCCUCGGCUUCAUGUGGCACCAGCUUGUCUUUGCUGCUCACGACGCCGGCCACAUGGGCAUCACACACAAGUAUCACAUCGACAGCCUUGUCGCCAUCAUCAUUGCAGACUUCAUUGGCGGGUUGUCGAUGGGUUGGUGGAAGAGAAACCACAACGUCCAUCACAUCAUGACCAACGCGCCUGAGCACGACCCGGACAUCGAGCACAUGCCCCUCUUUGCCGUGUCGCACCGCCUCCUGGGCAACCUGCGAUCGACUUACUACGACCGGGUCAUGAAAUACGAUGCCGUGGCCAAGGUCCUUCUGCGCGUUCAGUCAUGGACGUACUAUCCGCUCCUGGCGCUGGGGAGGUUCAACCUAUACGCGCUCUCAUGGGACUACUUACUCGCCAACAGAGGCCCGAAGAAAGGGCCGGGCGCUUGGCACCGCUGGCUGGAGAUAGUCGGGCAGGUCUUCUUUUGGACGUGGUUCGGCUACGGCAUCUUGUACAAGUGCAUCCCCGACAACUGGUCUCGCUUCGUCUUCGUCAUGGUCAGCCACAUCGCGUCCUCACCUCUGCAUGUUCAGAUUGUCCUGUCGCAUUUUGCCAUGAGCACCGCGGACCUAGGGCCGAACGAAUCGUUUGCCCAGAGAAUGCUGCGGACUACCAUGGACGUGGACUGCCCGGAGUGGCUCGACUUUGCCCACGGCGGGCUGCAGUUCCAGGUGAUUCACCACCUCUUCCCCCGGAUGCCGCGACACAAUCUGCGCAAGGCUCAAAAGCUGGUGCAAGAAUUCUGCAACGACGUGGGCAUCCCCUACGCCCUGUACGGCUUUGCAGACGGGAACAAGCAGGUCAUCGGCCGUCUCUCGGAGGUCUCGCGGCAAGCAGCCAUCCUGGCCAAGUGUCAGCGGGUCGUCGCGCAGAGCGGCGACCUUUCAGGCCACAGUCACACGCAUUAG